AUGAGCCGCGAAGAAAGACGUCUCACAAAACGGUGGAUGAUACAUUAUGAGAGUGCAUUGGCAAGAGCUAAUUUUGAGAAGAAUCAGUGCGCUAUUGAUGAGGAACGAUUCGGUGAAGUUCUUUGUGAUAGAGAAGUUUCAGCUUUUGAAGAGAUUCCAUUCGGAGAUAAGAUGUUAUUUGUGUGCUCGGGCAUACCUCUGCCACGUGGGGCAGCUAGAGUACACCUAACAAGAUUUGCGACUUCAGCACAUUUGGUUAGAGCAUUCAAGGAUUACAGAAAUAGAGAUGAUAAAUUGAGGGUUGCAGUGCGCCUUGCUGAUAAUACAAUUACUAAUGGGUUCUUGGGACUAUAUGAUGAUGAUAUUGCUAUUGUCACAUGCUUGGGCUUCCUGGAUGUCCAUCCUAUAGAUGUGAAUUAUUUUAAGGAAACAUAUACCUGUCCUGACGAUGAAAGUCUACUAGCUGCUGGGCGUGCCUAUGAGUCAGGCUCUUUGAUGACCAUGCACGGCUCUCUGUAUAUGAAAUGUGUUAACACGUGGGUUCCUGAGAGUCAAUAUACGUCUAUCGCUGUACUUGGAGGGCCACUUCUGGGGAAGGACGGGAGAUUUAUUGGGAUGAACGUUGAUGUUUAUGAUCGAGGUGAUGGGAUUGUGGGAUACUCUUUCCUACCAUUGGGAUUACUCUGUGAUCGCUUGAAGCAUUUUCAGAUACUCAAUCCUGAAAAACUUGACUUACGUGGGUAUUCAUUACCUAAAGGGUUUAUGAAAACUUUUUACCGGAUAAGAGCCUGUGGCUAUCCCAUUCCGCCACCACUUGUGCUUGAAUUUAAUGAGGGUUUGCUUAAUGGAUUUGAAGAAAGGUUUGGUCGAUUACUUGCUUGGAAAGGGUAUCCUUAUGGUGAUCCAGACACUGUCUCAAUGGAACGUGUCUGGCAGCGACUUGAGAAAAAGGUUGUGAGAGAUAUAUCUCGUCGUGUUGUCUCCCUUGCUUCAUUCAAAGGGUAUGUGAGGUCUUUUGCAUGCAAAGGCUUAUUUAUAAAGUUAAAGAGGCAUGGAAGCAAAGCUGCACGCACUGUAAUCCUGACUUCAGCCAGUUUGGUUAGAAGUCAUGAUGAUGACAAAAUUGAUAAUACCUUGAAGGCUGGGAUUGGAGGUCCUCUUAUUAACUUUGAUGGGAGGUUUGUUGGCAUGAACUUUUAUGAUGGUAGAGGUCUUACUCCUUUUCUGCCAAGGCAGAAGAUUGUUGAAGUUAUAAGCUUAGUGAAUGAUUUACCGUUGGAAUGGGGAUAUGGCCACUCUGUACCCAUACCAGUCCGUGUGAGGACAAAGGAAAACAGGUGGCCUGUGCCAGAGCCAUAUUGGUAUCAUGGUGGACUUGAUGCUGAUAGGUUUCAUGUACCUGAGCUUCGUGGGAGGACUCUCAAUUAG